AUGUCUUUGAUUCUCUUGAAAACCGAUGAGCUGGACAAAAUGGCAGGACUUCGAUGGACCAAUGGCGAUACUCCACGAGAUUCACCUACCCUCAACAGGAGUCGUGAUGCCCUAGGACCAUCACCAUCGACUUCGAAUCACAGUUUGGAUAAACUCGCUCUGAACGGAGGAGAAUCUGUCUCUUCAAUCACAUUCAUUCACUCGUACUCGCGUCGAAAUGAUAAUCGAACUGCCCCGUGCCUGUGGGUCGGUACGAGCGCUGGAACUUCAAUCGCAUUGAAUCUGAUUCUUCCACAGGAUCGCCUGGUUUCCACGGUCGUCGUGGCACCUUCAGGUUUCUUUUAA